AACGCACUCCCAACUCGAGUGAUCUAAGCAAUCAGCGAAGCAACAAUAAUGGGGGAGCGUUCUGUUCGAGCUGAAGUUCCGCCCACUAGUAACGCCAUGAGACUUGCUGACUGCCAGGUCGGAAGGAGCUUCCUGUUGCUGCUUUUACCCUCCCACUUAAGCCCCGACAAUCUUCAUUGCUUGUACAGCAGGUUUCUUGCAAGACGGAAUGGUUGCCGUCGGUACACAUUGGCAACCGAGGAACCAAUAGCUUAUGCGUAUCGUGGAGAUUUUCAAAUGUUCGACAGCUACGCUUAGAAAACCCGAUGAGAGUUGCCAAUUGGAGCCUAGAGAUAGACGACAAUUGCAGAUGCAAAGUGGAACUUUAAACCUGGCUCGGCUUGGUCAAGUGGUAGUUCGUUCCAAAUGGGGGAGGUCACCACUUUUGCUGCUGGUUUUGUGAAGGACAGCGUACUUAAAGGAGAGCUUAUGCUGCUGUCAGAUUCUGAACAGGAUGAACUAUCAAGGCCAUUGCCAGCAGCUUUUUCGGACUUUCCCAUUAAGUCCUGUGGGUUGUCUGCCAGAAGCAUCAUGUCAAGGACAACAGUUAUAAGCAUCUGCCCCAGGAUUUUAGUAUUUGAAAGUUUGCUCUCCAAAACUGAAUGCGAGCACCUGAUUAAGCUAGCAGCACCUCAUAUGCGAAGGUCACUUGUGAGCGGAAGAGCAGUCAGUGAGAAUCGAACUAGCUGGAGUAUGUUUUGCACGAACGGCCUGGACUUAGACCCUGUGGUUCAGUGUGUUGAGCGAAGGUGCAUCUUCUUUAUGAAGCUUUUGGGCUUACGUGUUGUCCCAGACAAGGAAAAGCUCCAGAUUAUACGAUACAAAGCUGGUGAAGAGUUCAAAGCACAUUUUGACAAUGACGUGGGAAGUUGCAGCAAACGUGCAGCCACAGUGCUCAUGUAAGUUCAACUUUCUCUCGUCUCUUCUUCCUAGAAACAUGAGCUUACACAGCGACUACCAGGUACCUAUCGGAUGUGGAGAAUGGCGGAGAAACGUACUUUCCAAAAGGGUUUCCUGUGCACCAAGGCAGCGGAUAUGAUGGUAUUAGCUCUAGUGGUCCAGGCAUAUCUAUUGCUCCAAAGAAGGGAAGGGCUAUGGUUUUUUUCAGCCGCCGACCUGAUGGAUCUGAAGACCCUUGCAGUCUUCAUGGUGAGUCUGCAUUUCAAGAUUCCUGGUGCAUAAUGCAAUUUGUUGUGUGUUUGUUUAACUGCAUGGUUUACUGAUUCAGCUGGAGCAAAGGUCCGUCGUGGAGUAAAAUGGGUGGCCUCAAAAUGGAUAUCGAUUCUUUAAUUGAUGGCGUUCAUAUGUAUGAUUGGGUUUGCUCCACUCAUUGGCAAGCAAGGCGUUUGGGGAGAACAUAUUUACAAUUUGUACAACUUAUUUAUUGCUGCUGGAUUCCUAGCAAGCACGGCACAUGGAUGUACACAUGAGUGUCAAACAUGUGUAUCUCUUAUACUUUGCAUAGAUUGUAUAGGGUCAUCUCUUAAAGGGUACAACA